AAUUUAUUUUCCUGGCAUCAAUGGAAUCACAUUCUGAUCUUUCUGCUUUCAUACAAUAAACUUGAGUCUACGAAGUUACUACUGAACCCGGAAGCAACUCCGUCUGCAAUUGUUAGUGUUUCUUUAUGGCUCGCCGGCGGACCCUUCUCGCCGCCGUCUUCUUCUUCCUCUACCUCUUGGCGUCGUCUAAUUCUCUUGAUUUUCCGAAACCAAGACCCAAACACAAGAUCAAGGGACCCAUUAAAACAAUCGUGGUUCUGAUCAUGGAGAACCGGUCGUUCGAUCACAUCCUGGGUUGGUUGAAGAGGGCUCGGCCGGAUAUCGAUGGUCUGACUGGAAAAGAGUCGAACCGGGUGAACGCCUCCGAUCCCAGUUCGCCGGAAGUUUUCGUCUCGGACGACGCCGUGUUCGUAGACUCGGACCCGGGCCACUCCAUCCAGGCGAUCCUGGAGCAGAUAUUCGGGUCGAGUGACACGUCGGCGGACCCGGCCCCGAUGAGCGGCUUCGUCCAGCAAGCGAACCGGAUGGGGGUCGAUGGCAUGGCCAAGAAUGUGAUGAGCGGGUUCAAACCGGCCCGUGUGCCGGUCUACACCGAACUAGCGGACCAGUUCGCGGUGUUCGACCGGUGGUUCGCUUCCGUGCCGGCGUCGACUCAGCCCAACCGGUUCUACGUCCACUCGGCGACGUCGCACGGCGCGUCCAGCAACGUGCGGAAGGACCUCAUCCACGGGUUCCCCCAGAAAACCAUCUUCGAUUCGCUGGACGAGAAUGGCCUUAGCUUCGGGAUUUAUUACCAAAACAUCCCCGCCACUCUCUUCUUCAAGAGUCUCCGCAAGCUCAAGCACUUGUCCAAGUUUCACAACUACAAACUGAAGUUCAAAUCGCAUGCGAAGAGGGGCAAGCUUCCGAACUACGUGGUGGUGGAGCAGCGGUACUUCGACGUGAAGCUUUUUCCGGCGAACGACGACCACCCGGCGCACGACGUGGCGAUUGGGCAGAGGUUCGUGAAGGAGGUGUACGAGAUUCUGAGGUCCAGCCCGCAAUGGAAAGAGAUGGCUCUGCUGAUCACGUAUGACGAGCAUGGAGGGUUCUACGAUCACGUUCCAACUCCUGUAUCCGGCGUGCCUAACCCGGAUGGGAUCAUCGGUCCCGAGCCGUUCUGCUUCAGGUUCAAUAGGCUCGGCGUUCGAGUGCCGACAUUCUUGGUCUCUCCUUGGAUUGAUAAAGGCACCGUAAUCCAUGAGCCAGCUGGGCCAACUCCAUAUUCACGGUUUGAACACUCUUCUGUCCCUGCAACUGUUAAGAAGCUUUUCAAUCUAAACUCGAACUUCCUGACCAAAAGGGAUGCAUGGGCUGGAACCUUUGAGAAUUACUUGUACCUUCGUGAUACUCCACGUGAUGAUUGCCCAGAAAAGCUCCCAGAAGUUAAGACAUCACUAAGGCCAUGGGGCCCUAAGGAAGAUUCCAAACUCUCAGAGUUCCAAGUUGAGCUGAUCCAGCUUGCAUCGCAGCUGGUUGGGGACUAUAUUCUCAAUUCCUACCCCGAUAUGGGCAAAAGCAUGACCGUGGGUGAAGCUAAUCGUUAUGCUGAGAAUUCAGUUGAGAGGUUCCUGGAAGCUGGGAGGGCUGCUUUGAAAGCUGGGGCAAAUGAAUCUGCUAUCGUGACUAUGAGGCCGUCUCUCAGCAGCAGAACUUCAGGGGACGCAGAUAUCAGCCUCGCGAAAACCUAUAACUUGAUGGACCCAAUACCCCUUAAAUGUGCUGUAAGUCAACUACACCAAUACGAACCAGUGGCAUGCAGUGGGGCCUCAAUUCACGGUUACCUACCAUUCAACUUUCAACCAAUAUAUCAACCAUCUUCUUUCUUCCUUCGCCAAUCAUCUCCAUUCCUAAUCUCUCUCUCUCUCUCUCUCGUCAGUCACACUGCAAUGGAUGUUUCGUGGGAAGACAGCGUUACGGCUUCAAUCAACACCAUAUACCUUCUCUUCUCUGCCUACUUAGUCUUCGUCAUGCAGCUCGGCUUCGCCAUGCUAUGCGCCGGUUCUGUGCGAGCCAAGAACGCCAUGAACAUAAUGCUCACCAACGUCGUCGACGCCGUUGUCGGCAGCAUCUCUUACUACCUCUUUGGCUUCGCCUUCGCCUUCGGUGACGGCUCCAGUUCAAACCCAUUCAUCGGCACUCAGUUCUUCGCUCUCAAAGACAUCCCCAACAACUCCUACGACUACAGCUACUUCCUCUACCAAUGGGCCUUUGCCAUCGCCGUCGCCGGCAUCACCAGCGGCUCCGUGGCCGAGCGGACCCAGUUCACGGCCUACCUCGUUUUCUCGUUUUUCCUAACUGGGUUCGUUUACCCGGUGGUGGCCCACUGGGUCUGGUCGUCGAGCGGGUGGCUCAGUCCGGAUUCGAGUAGUUUGUUGUUUGGGUCCGGAGCCAUAGACUUCGCCGGGAGUGGGGUGGUGCAUUUGGUGGGUGCCAUGGCUGGCCUUUGGGGCUCGGUAAUAGAAGGCCCACGCGUGGGCCGGUUCGAUGCGUUUGGCAAUGCCGUGCCCAUGAGAGGCCACAAUGCCACUCUUGUUGUCCUAGGGACCUUCUUGUUGUGGUUCGGUUGGUUCGGGUUCAACCCCGGUUCGUUUGAUAAAAUUGUCGUGGCAUACCCGAGCACGAGCCAAGGGAACUGGACCGGAGUAGGUCGGACGGCAGUCACGACCGCCCUAGCCGGUUCAACCUCCGGGAUUGUGACCCUAUUUGGGAGAAGGUUGCUAGUGGGGCACUGGGAUGCAUUGGAUGUUUGUAAUGGGGUGCUUGGUGGGUUUGUGGCAAUCACAUCGGGCUGCUCGGUGGUGGAACCCUGGGCCGCGAUUAUCUGUGGGUUUGUUGCAGCCUGGGUGCUAAUUACCCUCAACAUUGUUGCGCUGAAGCUGAGGUUUGAUGACCCAUUGGAAGCCACGCAAUUGCAUGGCGGGUGUGGAGCUUGGGGCUUGAUUUUCACGGGCCUGUUUGCGAAAGAGGAAUUUGUGGUUCAGGCCUAUGACUCUGGCGAGACGGGAGUGGUGCGGCCGUAUGGGCUGUUUCUGGGUGGGGGCUGGGGCCUGCUUGGAGCCCAAGUGGUUGAGGUGGUGGUGAUUGUGUGCUGGGUUAGUUUGACGAUGGGCCCACUGUUCUAUACCCUCCACAAGCUCAGGAUUUUGAGGAUCUCGGCUGAAGAAGAAGUUGCAGGGCUUGACGUCUCUAGCCAUGGAGGCUAUGCUUACACAGCUCAUCAAGAAGACACGCCUCGCUUUUACGCAGACUACAUGCGCCUGCGGAACUAAUCAUGAUUCUCUCUCUAGAAGUUCAUUUCUUUCUUUUUUUUGUGGGUUUAAAGUUUCAAUAUUCAUGGUGCAUUAAGAUGAAAAUUCUUUUGUUAA